CAUCAAUUGAUAUGAAAUGGCAGCAGUUAAUACGAUCAGUCCCUCUGUAAAGUUUGGUCUUCAUUGUGCCGGACUUUUGCCAGGAGUACGGCUUUCAGUUUUAUAUAAACUUUACUGGGUGAUACUUUUUAGUAUAUUUCAUACUCAACAGUACAAUUAUUUAAUCCAGAAUUAUGAAUUUCAUACUUUUAUAGAAAUAAUAGAUAAUGUAGGCAUUUGUCUGCCGUUCAGUUUAACAUAUAUCAAAGUGUUUAUCGUUUGGACACAUCAAAACCUCCUUCGCAAUAUUUUAUCAACUAUGGAAAAAGACUGCCAAAGAUAUGCUGUUAUAGAUACAAAUAAUGUAAUAUCGAAAACUGCACAUUGGUCUUACCGUUCAACAACCGCUAUAAUAAGUAUCAGCGUAAUAGCUCCAGUCUUUUAUGCAAUUGGCAUUUUUGGUUCUCCAGAAGUUAGUGCAACUUCACAUCGAAAACUUUUAUUCAAAAUGGAUUUCCCUUUUGAUACUGACACGUCACCAGUUUUCGAGCUUGUAAUAUUUGGACAGUAUUUGUACCAUGUAUCAUCAGCUUUUGUGUAUAGUGUAUUAUCUGGUUCCCUUUUGAUGGUAGUGCUUCAUGUAGGUUGUCAAAUAGAUAUUAUAUGUCAAACGUUAAUGGAAACUCCAUAUGAAAGUGAAAAGCAAUUGAAGUUUUUCAUUAGCAGGCAUCAAGAGAUUAUUAUAUUUGCACAAAAAAUUGAGAAGCUCUUUACUUAUGUAGCGCUUUCUCAACUUGUGACGAAUACUUUAAUUACUUGCUGUUUAGGCUAUCUUAUGGUAAUUUCAUUACGUAUUAAUAGUGGAUUUGCUCUGUUCGUAAAGUAUGUUAUAGUUUAUGUGGCUUGUGCUCUGGAUGCUUUUCUAUAUUGUUUUGCUGGAGAAUAUCUCAGCACUAAGAGUGAAUUAUUGGGAGACACAGCAUAUAAACUUCUUUGGUACAAUAUACGUCCAAAAGAAACUCGACUUUUAAUACCCGUGAUAUUAAGAUGUCAAAGAGGAUUUACUUUGACAUUUGGAAAAUUUGCUAGUCUUUCCAUGGGAAGCUUUACGGCUAUUAUGAAAGCUUCAGGAUCGUAUAUAUCAGUCUUACUUGCGAUGUCGUGAAGAAGAAAUAGUACAAAAUAAUUUACCAUAAUUUAAUUAUAUUAAAUUGUUUAGUAAAUAAUUGUUAUAGUAUAUAAUGUAAAAAG